CUGCGCAGUCGCUCCGGCCUUGCCGGCUGGUAGACCUUGACCGGAGCCUAGGAGGUCUAUCAGAAUCUAUCUUUCUGCCUGGAGCCACUAGUUGACGGCAUUUUUUCUGUAAUUGGCCUGGGGAUGAGCUGUGACCGGCGCUUUUCGAACUCGGAACCGCCUGUCUGCCUGGGAGAGCCAAAACAUACGAAAAAUCGAGUACUGAGCAUAGAAUAGAUACGCUGACCGGAUUUCCGAGUGCACUUUGAGGACACUGGAGACUUAUGAUUGAACAUCUUGAUUGAAACGCGGCGCAGUUGUGGCUCUUGGCCUGAUCAGCUCCCCAUUGCUUCCCUCAGCCCACCUGUAUCACUCUUCUCGUCAAAAGGCUACACCGCAUCUUGAGGCUGCGAGGAGGUUAUCCAUCCUAAACUACAGUUCGCCAUCAGUAGUUCGUGCGGCUGGAUUGACCGGCGAAAGCAGCUGUGGAGGAUUAUAUAAAUACCACAAUUUCUGAGUAAUUGGAGUUACUUGAAACUUCACAAUUCCAUCGCAUGCUGAAUCCAGACCGACACUCAAAGUACGGGAAUAUCUAAUCAAACACGCCUUCCAACCGCAGCGACGAGCGUGUAUCUAACUCGAACUAUUCCAUGAGCCAACAACAUCCCGACCCGAGUCAGGAUCCGCCCCCGCCAUCUAUCCGCGUGGAACAAUCAUCAUCUGAGGUGGCCAUGAAUGACUCUCAGAUCACUGAACGUUCGAUGUCCGAGCCCCAAUCUAGCGAAGAUCUUUACAUAUUGCUGCGCCACAAUUCGCACAAGAAUGGAGUAAAGGAAUUUUUCUGGUCUGAAACAAAACUUAGAGAUACGUUGAGCAGAGAGCGCAUCAUGAGCAGGAUUGCAAGAUCAGUACCCCGUAUCAAAAACAUCGAAACCUUCGCGGAUAAGAUUUUGAAAAACCAUGUGAAGGUCUACGCAAUCCUAAUACUCAUCGACAAAGACAAAUGCUUCAACGAGCUCGAGGCUAUGGGUUUGGACGACGCCAGUCUUCCUCUGGUACUGAUAGAAAAUGGAAGCAAUCCUCUGGCACGGGCUUCAGAGCCAUCGCAAGUACUGUCAUGUUUCAGUAAAUGGAGACCUUGCAAACGGGAUGAUUUUGUUCGAUGGCAGCGCUACGUCAAUCCACCUUUCCUAUCCAUGGGACUUGAUUCGGCCGUCAGACACGAGAGAUUCGACCGACCUACGUUCCUGCCUUUCCUUGAGGAGAAAUCUGUUAAUAGUGGAGGUUAUGGCGAAGUCCUCAAAGUUAAUAUUCCUGGGGACUGUCACGGGUUCCAUGGUAUUCUCGGCAAGAUCCUAACUAACGACUAUUUUGCUCUCAAGCGGGUGCAUUUGAGCAAAGAUAGUGAUUCGAAGGAAGAUCAAGCUUUCUGGAGGGAAGUCACUGCACUCAAAAGAUACAGUGGCUUAGUUCACGAUCAUCUUGUGACUCUUCUCAUGACAUGGGAUUAUAACAAUCUCCAUUACCUCUUGUUCCCCUGGGCUGAGACAGAUCUCGAUCGUUACUGGAAGCAAACGGCAGCCCCUGUCAAUGGCGUAAAUCCCGAUAUACCCGCGACUCGUUGGUUAGCGAAUCAAAUAGUUGGUUUGGCGGGGGCCAUUUACACCAUUCACAACUCUCAGUCCAGCUUACACCCGAACAAAAAGUAUGGCCGACACGGAGACAUCAAGCCGGAGAACAUUCUUUGGUAUAAAUCUCAAGAUGAUGACAAGGGCAUUUUGGUCCUUGCCGAUCUUGGGCUGACUACAUCCAACUCGACAAGAAGCCGCUCCAAUAUUCCAGGUCAGGGAAUACCCGUAACACCAGGCUACAGAGGCCCGGAGUGUGAUCUCCAAGGUGGAAUCAUUUCUCGGUCAUAUGAUAUCUGGACAUUUGGAUGUCUGCUUCUCGAGAUGUGUUGUUGGGCUAUGGGUGGUCAACAGCUCCGAGAGCAAUUCAAGAUCUCUCGCACAACUCCCUUCAUCAACAGAGUGGAAACUGAUACGUUCUUCGUGAUUGAAAAGAGCGCAUCAAGCUCUGGCUACGUAUGUGGCGUGAAGAGCGAGGUCAGCAAGUGCAUCGCGCAACUCCACGGAAAACCCAUGUGCACUGAAUUUUUCCACGAUCUUCUGGAUUUGAUCGAAAGCAAAAUGGUGAUUCCUCCGAUCGCUGGUAUGGAGCGUAUACGGUCUGAUGAACUACUUCGAAAACUUGAAGCAAUGCGCGACAAAGUCGACGACAUAACAAACUCGUAUUGCCAGUAUCCCUGCCCGAAAAGCCGCGAACCAACCAUCCCACAAAAGAUUGACGCGAAAUUAAACGGAGAAGCUAUGCGUAUCAUAUCUUCUCGAAAUCCACGUCUGAGCACAUAUCAGGGAGCAACUGUACGCUCGAAAACCCCCCAGGAACUUGCAACCGUAGACAAUGCAACUUAGAAAUGGCGGUUAGGUCUCGGCGAUUUAUUUCACAGCAAGACAUAUGUAGCAUUUCUUUGCCCAUUGUGUGCGGUUCCCUGUACAGUUUCGUAGUCUUUGAUUUCAACUAAUUCCUCUUGCGUAACCUAAAUGUUUCCCAAUGUGAUUUACGACUGAUGUACUAGAUAUCUUCGGCUAUCAAUCUUAUCCCACGGCAUAAUGACUGAAAGUGACGACCUGGGUCAGGGCACAGUAUUCAUCCUUCCCUGCUUUAGUUGAAUUUCGUCGGCGAUAACUCAAAGGACAUACAGUAUUGAGUUGCCGCGGUAUUGAACACUCAAAAUGUCCCCUUUUAUACUAUAUUCAUGUUAGAGAGGCUUUGCAAUACGCUUUUGACCUGCUUACCUCAACUGAGACUCUUUUCUCGGGAAAUGUGCUCGC